GUAUCAAAGACAAAACUGAAUUUGAGAUUGCUGUUGCUGAUGAUGAUCAGUUCAUAUCCAUCAAGGGGAAAUUUGUGAACAACUCAGCUUCUUAUUCUGGGAAGUUGAUCAUCGACUUGAUCCCUUCAGGGCCCUUCCAAGCUGAAAUUCUGCUGCUGGGGAA